GUUACAUGGGGUAUUUUGCAGAAUUCAAUACUGUCAUUUUUUCCGUCGCGUGGUUGCUUACCUUUCUACGUCAGUUGUUUUUCGGAACGAUCGACGGGAGAAUUAGCCUACAGUGGGUCUUAAAUUCACUUUUGUUACACUUGUUGUGGAAGUGAGCAUUAAAAAAUACAUCCCAGUUCAUCACAAACUUUUCUUUCAUAGUGUAAAACUCGUGUGUAGAAAAGCUCUCCUGUUAACGUUAGUAUGACGAAUCCGGAUGGUGCUCAAGAUAACGGUGCUACUGCAGCACCGGUGAAAACCGAAAAACAGUUAAAAAAAGAAGCAGAAAAAGCGGCCAAGUUGGCAAAAUUGCAAGAGAAGUUGAACAAAAAACAGCAGCAAGAGCAGCAAGCAGCUUCGAAGCCCAAAACUGAGAAAAAAGUGAAGGAGAGCAAAGAAGCGGCAGUUUACACUGGCACUACAAAGGACGGGGAAAAGAAAGAUUUAUCCGGUCCAUUCCCCGAUUCCUAUAGCCCGCAGUAUGUGGAAGCAGCAUGGUAUAGCUGGUGGGAGAAGGAAGGUUUUUUUAAGCCUGAGUAUGGGCGCAAGUUAAACAACCCGAAGGGACAGUUUGUGAUGGUGAUACCCCCUCCCAACGUUACUGGCUCUUUACAUCUUGGCCACGCAUUGACGAAUGCCAUUGAGGAUGCUAUCACUCGUUGGCAUCGAAUGAAAGGCCGUACGACACUGUGGGUGCCGGGAUGCGAUCACGCCGGUAUAGCAACGCAGGUCGUUGUUGAGAAAAAACUGUUUCGAGAGCACAAUCAAACGAGACAUGAUUUGGGGCGUGAAAAGUUCAUCGACAAGAUAUGGCAAUGGCGCAAUGAAAAGGGCGAUCGCAUCUAUCAUCAGCUGAAAAAACUGGGCUCUUCGUUCGAUUGGGACCGGGCAUGCUUUACAAUGGACCCGAAACUAUGCAAAGCCGUCACGGAAGCGUUUGUUAGAAUGCAUGAGAUGGGUAUGGUUUACCGUAGCAGUCGUUUGGUGAACUGGUCUUGCACGUUACGCUCUGCCAUAUCCGACAUCGAAGUGGACAAGAUAGAAGUGACCGGACGCACGCAACUAUCUAUCCCCGGCUAUAUCGAAAAGGUCGAAUUUGGAGUGCUUGUGUCCUUUGCCUACAAAGUCAUUGGUAGCGAUAGUGAUGAGAUUGUGGUAGCAACAACACGUGUUGAAACAAUGCUGGGCGAUUCAGCCGUAGCAGUGCACCCGAAGGAUGCACGCUAUCAACAUCUGCACGGAAAAUUCGUCCAGCAUCCAUUCUGCGACCGUAAGUUACCCAUCGUGUGUGACGAGUUUGUGGAAAUGGCAUUCGGAACGGGUGCCGUCAAAAUAACACCAGCGCACGAUCCAAACGAUUACGACGUUGGCAAACGGCACAAUCUUCCGUUUAUUACAAUUUUCUCCGACGAUGGUAUCAUUGUGGGCGAUUAUGGAACCUUCACUGGCAUGAAGCGAUUCGAUGCUCGUAAAGCUAUACUGAAUGCAUUGCAAGAGAAGGGACUAUACCGGGACACGAAGGACAAUCCAAUGGUGGUGCCUGUUUGUUCUCGGUCGAAGGACAUUGUGGAACCGUUAAUCAAACCGCAAUGGUACGUCAAGUGCAGCGAGAUGGCAGCUAAGGCGACUGAUGCCGUGCGCUCAGGGGAGCUUACAAUCACACCGGACGUGCACAAGAAAAUCUGGUACCACUGGAUGGAUGAAAUACGUGAUUGGUGUGUAUCACGUCAACUUUGGUGGGGUCAUCGAAUUCCGGCAUAUCAAGUAGUGUUCAAGGAUCCUGCUAAAGCACCGAAAAAUUUAAGCGACGAAAAUCUGUGGUACGUUGGUCGCACGGAAACAGAAGCACUUGCCAAGGCUGCGGCCGCACUGCACGUGGACAAAUCGCUCAUUAGUUUGAAGCAAGAUGAAGACGUGCUUGAUACGUGGUUCAGUUCCGGUUUGUUCCCCUUUUCCGUGUUCGGCUGGCCUGACAAUACGGACGAUCUUAAGCUGUUCUAUCCUACCACACUACUGGAGACGGGACAUGAUAUUCUCUUCUUCUGGGUUGCCCGCAUGGUGUUCUUCGGCCAAACGUUACUAGGAAAACUUCCCUUUAAGGAGGUGUUCUUACAUCCGAUGGUGCGGGAUGCACACGGUCGCAAGAUGUCCAAAUCGCUGGGUAAUGUAAUCGAUCCUAUGGACGUGAUAACAGGUAUAUCGCUCGAAGGGUUGCACAAACAACUGUACGAUUCAAAUUUGGAUCCAAAGGAAAUUGAAAAGGCUAAAGAAGGUCAGAAGCAAGAUUACCCGAAUGGCAUUCCGGAAUGUGGUACUGAUGCAUUACGAUUUGCACUGUGUGCGUAUAUGACACAAGCGAGAGAUAUCAAUCUGGAUAUUCAGCGCGUCCAAGGCUAUCGUUUCUUCUGCAACAAGCUCUGGAACGCCACUAAGUUUGCUUUGAUGUAUUUCCCAGGCACUGAGAAGUAUGACAUCAUUACAUCACUGGAUGGUUCAGAAAGCAAUAUUGAUCGAUGGAUUCUCUCACGGCUUGCCGGGUGCAUUGAGAUUUCGAAUCGCGGUUUCGAAAAAUAUGAAUUUGCGCAGGCAACGAAUGCAUGCUAUAACUUCUGGCUCUACGAUCUGUGCGACGUGUAUCUGGAGUGCUUGAAAUCCGUCUUUCAGAUGAAUGAUGAACCUGCUAAAGCAGCAGCACGCCGAACGCUAUACACGUGCCUCAAUUUGGGUCUGAAAUUACUAUCCCCCUUCAUGCCGUUCAUUACUGAGGAACUGUAUCAACGACUGCCAAGAGGAGACAUUGCCACGGUGGCUAGUAUCUGUGUCGCAUCCUAUCCCGAGCAAUCUACUAGCCCAUGGAAGGAUGAAUCAAUCGAGAAGGGAUUCGAAUUCGUACAAAAAACGGCCCGAGACAUUCGUUCGGCCCGUAGCGACUACAAUAUCCCGAACAAGAUCAAAACCGAUGCGUAUUUUAUAUGUAGUGACGAAGGUGUGCGCAGUGCUCUAGAACGCUUCACUCUAGAACUGGAAACAAUGGCAUUUUCCCAGGUCAACUUUGGCACGGUGCCACCUGCUGGUUGUGCUAUCCUUACCAUUUCCGGACAGUGUGUGGUACACCUCAUGUUGAAGGGUUUGAUCGAGGUGGACAAAGAAAUUGAGAAAAUGACGAAAAAACAAGAAACUCUGUUGCAAUCCAUUGCAAAGCUGCAACAAGCAAUGGGCGUUCCGAACUACGCCAGCAAAGUGCCCGAAGAUGUUCGAAAAGCAAACGUGGAAAAGUUGGACCAAUCGAAGGUGGAAAUAGAACGAUUGUCUUCCGCCAUCGAUACACUGAAGUUAAUGUAAUCAAUUUAACAUUUGAUUACCUACACACAAAAAUCUUCAUAAUACGCACCACACAUUUUGAUUUUAUUAUUGCAUGUCCCUAUAUAAUCGACAGUAAACGGGGAUUAAUUUAUGGAAAGAGCGUGAUUCUUCUUGCAUGGCAAUAAAAAUUAAUAUCAUUACCCUA